UAGACAUGCUUUCUCUAAAUGCUAAAUAAUGAACACCGAGUAAUCACAAAUAACUAAACCAGUGCAGUAAGACAUUGUGAUAAGACGAAAAAAUGUUGCGAUUAUUUACAUUCAUCUCGAUUGUUUUAUUAUUCCAAAUGACGAAUGCUGCAGAAGAAAAAAAUGAAACUUUCAAAACACCUGAAUACAUCAUCCCUUGCUACAAAGCAGACCCCGAAAUCAACAAAUGCCUCCAACGCACAUUCAACCACCUUCGACCCUACUUAUUAUCAGGAAUCCAAGACAUAAACGUGCCCAGUAUCGAUCCUUUAAAGAUUGAUAAACUUGUUAUGGAAAAUGGUCAAGGAGCCUUAAGAAUUCGGGCCCUCUUCCACAAUGUCACAGCUUCCGGUGGCAGCAACUACACCAUCACCAAAAUAAAAGCCGAUGUUGUGAAUUAUAAUAUCGAACUCGGUUUCAAACUGCCCCGAGUUGAAAUCAAAGGAAAGUAUGAAGUUAACGGAAACGUCCUCCUGUUUCCAGUGAGGUCGAAAGGCGAUUUUUGGGCCAUUUUUCUUGAUGUCGACGCCGCUGCGAAAAUCUACGGAAAGGAAUUUAAAGACAAAAACAACACUCGAUUUAUGAAGAUUGAAAAAUUAUUGAUCGAUUUUAGACUGCAGAAAAGUCGAUUUAGAGUUAGGGAUAUAAUCAAUCAUGGCAAUAUUAUUGGUGAGGCCAUGAAUCAGUUUUUGAAUAGCAACGCGAACGAAAUCAUCGCCGAAAUGAAACCAGCGGCAAAUGCAGCAAUUGCUAAACAUUUCAAGGGAUUUUUGAACAGUGCGUUCUUGAAAUUACCAUUGAAAGUCUGGUUGCCUGACGCGUAGGCGCUUUAUCGUAGUUAAUUAAUUGAUCUAUUGGCAAUUUUUUAAAAAUCGCCAUUUAGAACGAAUCUCUCUACUAUUGUAUAUAGAAUUUUUGUAAAAUAUGUUUAAAUGUUCGUUUUUGGACAAAUUGUUUAUAAUAAAAAUAAAAUACUUCAA